UUUUAAAAGUUUAGUCUAGUAUUACGGCAUUUAUGAAAAGUUAGGCAGGUUCAGAGUAAUAAAUAUUUUAACGGUCGGGUUUUAAAUAAUAUAGGAGAAUCAGAUCGCCAAAAAUGUCGAUUGUAAAUAUUAUCAAGAGAGCAUCAAAUCGUAUUUUGGGGGUGGAUAAAUCUAUUGAAAAAAUCGAUAUUUAUGAGGACAACGAAGUUUUGUUUUGCAAAAAUAAUGUCUGCAUACACCCACCAAUUUCUAUACGACAUGAAUCCGAAUUGAUUCACUAUCCAGGUUAUUUGACUGUUACAUCUAAAACUUUCGUUGAUCAAUUUAAUAAAGCAAGUCGUUCGACAUUGUUGCUCACGUGGAUCCCCAAUUCUUCACUGUGUAAAUCGAAGUCAGAAGAAAAAAAAUUCUAUCAAAACUUACAAUGCGAGGUAGUUGAUACGAAUGGAACCCAACCAGUAGACGAUAUAGCUAUUCCAAAUGGAUUUAGAAAUGAAACAAUUAUUAAGAGCGAAGAGAAAAGUGAAAUAGAUGGCUCUAAUGUUGAUAUACAAGAGCUUAAAAAUGAGUUACAGCCUCUCCUAGGAGAGCAGUUUAAUUCAAUUCGUGAUAUUAAUGUUUUGCUGAACAGAAGUCACAUUACAUCAGUUAAUAUAACAAUUUCCAACCCACAUAUUGAAAACAUCAAUGUAAAGGAUUCGAUAAACAGUGUUGUAACCGAUAUAAAUAAGUUAUAUCUCAAUAGUGAAUAUUAUAUUUCCGAUGAUAUUGAUUUUUAUAAUGCGACUUCGAGUAUAUUAUCCGUUAAACACAAGCCAAAGUCAUAUGUAGAAUAUUCAGUUACUCGAAAAAAAACAUAUUAUCGGAGAUUUUCAGUCGAUCUGAGUCAAAUGCGUUCAUUGCGCUUGUUUUUCAAUGACGAUAAUUGUACUUCUGGGCAACUGGUAAUUUCGUCAAGAGAGUCGCAGUAUAAAAUACUUCACUUUCAUCAUGGUGGUUUGGAUCAUUUAGCGCAGGUUCUUCAUCAAUGGCACGGUUUUCUGCACAACAUUGCAUUUACACCUGGACAGCAACAGAACUUACCGUAUCGUCAAUUCAUGGUUUGCCGCCCAGAGAUAAAGAAACGUGAAUUGCAUCCCGACGAAGGCAGCGUUAGAAAAAUAACAACUAAUUUCUUUUAUGGAACUUUAAUUAAUAUAAAAGGACAAAUUGAAGAUGAUUUGCUUCUUCGCAAAUGUGUUUUUUUUGGCGGCUUGGAGAAAGGCUUAAGAAGAACGAUAUGGCCUUUCUUAUUAAAAUGUUAUUCGUUUUCAUCAACAUUUGAUGACCGAGCUGUUUUUAUGGAUAUUAGAAAACAAGAAUAUGAAGAAAUAACCCGUAAACGCUUAUACUCGAUGUCGCCAGAAGAACAAAUUCAUUUCUGGAAGUCGGUGCAAUGUGUUGUGGAAAAAGAUAUAGCAAGAAUAGAUCGCUCUAAUGCAUUUUUUUAUGGAGACGACAAUCCAAACAGAGAAAUUAUGAAAAACAUUUUGUUGAAUUAUGCCUUUCAUAAUGCAGGAAACAGUUAUUCGCAGGGAAUGAGCGACUUAUUAGCUCCAGUAUUGUGUGAAAUACAAAAUGAAUCGGAGACGUUUUGGAGCUUUGUAGGUUUACUACAACGUUCUCUUUUUGUAUGUGCACCUACCGACGCAGAUAUUGAUAAAAACUUAAACUAUUUGAGGGAACUAAUCCGCAUUAUGUUGCCUCGGCUCUAUGAGCAUUUACAAUGUCAUAGCAGUUCACUGGAGCUACUUUUUUGUCACCGAUGGCUAAUUUUAUGUUUUAAACGCGAGUUCACCGAAUCAGUAGUUAUCCGAAUGUGGGAAGCGUGUUGGUCCAACUAUCUUACUGAUUAUUUUCAUUUAUUUUUAUGUCUGGCAAUUAUUGCCGUUUAUGCCGACGAUGUAGUAGCUCAGGAUUUGCGGGCAGAUGAAAUGUUAUUUUAUUUUAGUUCACUCGCUAUGUAUAUGGAUGGAGAAUUAAUUCUUCGAAAAGCUCGUGGUUUAUUAUAUCAAUAUCGCCAAUUAUCAAAAAUACCGUGUACUUUGAGUGGCUUAUGCAAAAGAUGUGGUCCUGGUAUGUGGGAUUCCGAACACUGUCCAGCUUUGGAAUGUGUCGGUCAUUCGCAUGAUGACAAGUGUCCUUUGGAUAUUGAUUGAACUAUUUGCUUAAAAUGCAUUCUAAAAAAUCUAAAAUCUAAUACUAGAUACUCUGCUUGCAAUUUUAAUUCGAUAUUAGUGUUACCAUGAAUUUAACUCCCAUGACGUCUAUUUGUUAUUAUUUAUAUAAAAGGGUAUAUUAAGUUUGCCAAGAAGUAACACAAAGAAAAAAAACGUGAAGAUCCUAUAAUAAAUGUAUGUAUAUGAUUCGAGUGAUGGGCUGAGUCGAUUUAGCCAUCUACACAAUGGGUUCCGCAUGUUUCCUGUAAAGGAGCAUGAUAAUUUUCUGUCCAAGCAGUUUCUGCUGUUUCGCAGAAACCAUCCCUGCAGUCAUCUGUUUGGAGCGCAGCCGCCUCCUCGGAACAUGAGGAGAGCAUUCCUCCAUCGCGUCGACGAACUUAAAAAAUGUACCGCCCACAUUUCGGACGAGGCCAAUUUUCGACAGGCUCUGAACUCCAUUUACCUUGGCUAUUAACACCCUCUUUGACUGUCUCCCAGUGAAUGUACUAGGAGUCCAAACACUACUCAUCGCAGAACAAGAGCUCGAGUUGCCGAGUAAAACAAGAGUGACACUAGCGUAACUUCUUGCACUCGACCUUUUCCUCCUAAGAAGCUGCUCAUUCGUCGUAACCGCCGAUAUACGACUACUAUACCAUAUAUGGUAGCUAUAGCUAAACUAAACAUUCAAAGACAAGAUAUCUUCAUGAAAUUUGGUAUAGACUAUCUCCGAAGAAAUCGUGCAACUCGGAACACUAGAUGCAAUAAAAACUGAACUAUCAAUCUGAAGACCCUGUAUGGAAAGCUUUUUAAGGGAGCGUCUCAGUGUGAAAUUUUCGAGAAUUUGAUUUUUUUGCACUGCAUUGUCGGAUAGUUUACACUAAAAUAAACAUACUCUCAAAUUUUGAAAUCAAAAUUCAAACUAUUACGGUCGCUACAGCGUUUCUUGUAGAAAAGGAACAUAGUGGGGAACACUGCAACUCCUAUCUUUAAACGCAUUUUUCUCAGAAUGGUGCUUUUCAAAACGGUUUCCAGAUAUCUAGUUCGAAUUUGGAGGGAAGAUUUUGAACGUCAUUCGCUAUCGCGCUAUGAAAGCUUAUUUUUUUUUAAUCUUCCUAUUUUUUCUACGAAAAAUUCCAAAAUUUUGUCAAAUUUCAAAAAAAAAAAUAAUACAAAGAGUUUCCAUAGCGCGAUAGCGAUUUUCUUACAGAUUAAUAAUCUUCUUGAAAUUUUUGUUUUAGAUCAAUAUUACAGCCGCAAUCGUGGACAUCGUACCGGACCUUUUUUUUUACGUGUAAUUUCAACAAUCUCUAACUAUUAUAUACACAAUAAAUAAACACAAAAAAAGUUAUUUUGUGUUCCUCAUGAAAGUAUCUUUUUAUAAAAAAAACGAGCUGAUAAGUUCAUUCCAUCAUAAAAAAUGACAAAAAUCAGAGAUUUUUCGAAAGGUCACACUGAGACGAUCCCUUAACAAAUUAUUGUCGCAAAAUUUGACAUGAAUUAUUCAAAGUAUCAAAGGAAAACUAGGACUUGUGAAGGGUGCACCAGUAGUUAAAGUUUUUUUAAUUUUGUCUUAAAUUCAAGGAAUCCAAUAAUUGUUAAUAAAGAAUAUAUUGUUGUAUUACUAAAUAAUUGCAAAA